ACUACCCUUGACAUUUGCCAUUGCACGACUAGCACCACGGCAUCCUCGAACUUAUUGCGACUCUCUCCUCGCGUGCCCUUGUCGUGCCCUACAACCUCGCCAGAACAAAGACCUCAAGCCGCGCCCGGCCUGCAGCGUGCCGCAUCCUCACCCACCAGCUUGUCGCAUACCUCAUUUCCCGACUCGAUCCGACCCUGUCACCGAGACUGAAUCGGCACCACCCUGCAGCGACAUUGUCGUGGACACACAACCAUCUUUGCGGACUAUUCAAUACUGGCGGACUGAACAACUCCGGCGAUUUGGCUCCUUGGGAGCAGCGGCUUGAGCUCGCUGGAGCUGUCGGGCAACGCCGAAGGUCACGAUGGGAGCAUGCAUGAGCAGUGGGAACAAUGAGGAGGGUGAUCAGAAGAAGCGCAGUCAGAUGAUCGACCGGUCGCUGGAGGAGGACUCAAAAAAGCUACGGCGGGAAUGCAAGAUUCUACUGCUAGGGUCUGGCGAAAGUGGGAAGAGUACAAUCGUGAAGCAGAUGAAGAUUAUCCACCAGAAUGGAUACAGCCACGACGAACUGCAAUUGUACCGGCAUACGAUCUACAAGAACCUGAUAGACUGCGCCAAAGCUCUGGUGGGUGCUAUGCGGCAAUUCGAGAUCGAGAUUGAGAACGAGGCAAACCGCGCGCAUUGCGAUACGAUCAUGGAGUACACAGUAGACCCAGAUCCGCAACAAUCACUAGAUCCAAAGAUUGGCGAGGCUGUGGCAGGUGUCUGGAAGGAUCCUUGCAUAUCCAAGGUCUUUGAUCAUCAGAAUGAGUUCUACCUCAUGGACUCGGCACCAUACUUCUUCGACGAGGCACUACGAAUAACAGGACCAGAUUUCAUACCCACGGAAGCAGACGUCCUCCGCGCCAGAACGAAGACGACUGGUAUAUACGAAACGCGAUUUCAGAUGGGCCAGCUCAGUAUUCACAUGUUCGACGUCGGCGGACAACGCAGCGAACGCAAGAAGUGGAUACAUUGCUUUGAGAAUGUCACAUCGAUCAUCUUCUGUGUGGCACUCAGCGAGUACGAUCAAGUACUGCUAGAAGAGAGCAGCCAAAACCGUAUGAUGGAAUCGCUCGUCCUCUUCGACUCAGUUGUCAACUCGCGCUGGUUCAUGAGGACGUCCAUCAUCCUCUUUCUCAACAAAGUCGACUUGUUCCGGGCGAAGCUCGCAAAGUCACCGCUGGGAAACUACUUCCCCGACUACUCCGGUGGGAAUGAUGUCAAUCGCGCCGCCAAAUACCUGCUUUGGAGAUUCAAUCAGGUCAACCGAGCACAUCUGAAUUUAUACCCUCAUCUAACACAAGCCACCGACACUUCCAACAUCCGCCUCGUCUUCGCCGCCGUCAAAGAAACGAUCCUCCAAAACGCCCUGAAGGACUCCGGAAUCUUAUGAGACGACUACUCGG